GGCAGUCACCGUGGAGAAGGUAAACUAAUGUCAACCAGCCGCCUGGAAGCGCAGCAGAGAGCCGCCGGAGAGGAAGCAGCAGCCCGGUACCGUUCAAUGGACCCACCGGGGGGCUCGGAGUCCACGUCGGUGCCGCUGUGGUUCUGCGCGGGUCGGUAGGAAGCUGCCCGCCCGGCUGCGUCGCGCUCUCUCCCCGGUCAGACUUCCUGUCUCUGUCUGCGUGACUCCGCCUCCUGUAACGAGGCAGCGGAGCACGUGAUUGGCUGGCAGGCUGCCCAGAAGAAUGGGCGGGUACGUCAGCUGAUGGAUGGAGAUCGGAAGUGGAGGAGGAAGAGGAGGAGUCAGGAGGAGGAGCCAGGAGGAGGAGCAGGAGAAGCCAGUCUGUAAAUCCACGAUGAGCCGGCUCUGCUGCAGACAACAAGUGUUCAGGGAGAGAGAGAGAGAGACAACCAGGUUACCCUGAGAGAGAGAGAGGCGGAACCAGGAGGUUACCACGGCAACUCAGGGGACGUCUCUGCAGCGGCCAGGACACCAGGACACACAGGUUGAAGUGACGAUGAGCAGAUGGAGGACAGACCUUGUAGUCCAGUUCCACCCCUGACCUUCAUCAGACAGUUUGGCACUUUACUGGGUAUCAGGAAGCCGAGGGACCCUUCGCACAAAUAGAGACGGCCCAAGGAUAAAGGAAGAUUAGUGUGUUUCGGUAUCUAAGGUGCCAGCAUGUCCGAGGCAGGUAAAGUCCUCCACCUGUACGUUGAGGUAAGGUCCGUUGCCGAGGAGGAAGAUACAGUAUCUGGAGGAAGAGAUGAUGGGAAUGCUCCCCCAAUGCUUCAGUGCCCAGACGUCCUCCCUCAAUCCCAGAGAAGCUCCAGCCCCAACCACCGUCAGGAUCUUUCCCCAGUCUCUCAGCACCAAACUGGGGUUGGAAGCCACAGCUUAUCCCCCACAAAGUCCUCCUCCAGGCACUCCGUCAGCUUCCAACUCCAAAACCCUGACGCAACAGGGUCUCCCACCCAGUUUCACCGGCAGGAUUUGUCUCAUGACAGUUUCAGUCAAUUACUCCAGGUCCUUGCACCUGGAACAACUGGUCCAGGGCAGCAUGGCUCAUUGGGACGCACCUGUUCCUCUGACAUGGAUCCCUACCAUGGAAGGAUGCUUAUCUCCCCAUCUUCCACAUCUUCUGGGACAAUGACUGUACCCUCCACACCUACCAGCAACCGCAGGUCCUACGAAGUCCCGGGGGUUGGGGGUGAGGAGGGGAAGACGUCUGUGGUGACCUUUGGCUACAUAGAGAAAGCUAACGUUCACAGCUUGGGGGGCCGCCGUACCUCUUUGUGCCAAAGUGAUUUAAGCAAUCCUCUGAACAGAAUGGAGGGGCAGCGGCUCCAAAAGAGGUUGAGUGACCCAGUGUGGUACAAUGGGCAGCCGGGGCAGGGAGACCCUUACUACAAUCACCCAUACUCGUCUAGGAUUCAGUCCCCACAAGGCUCGCCUUACCUGCAGAGGGCGAGCCCAGACACAGUUGCCAGAGAUGCCCUCUAUAGGGCCUUGGAGGAGUUUGAAUCCCCAGAACUUAAGCGCAGAUUUGCUGGGCACAACCCAGAAAAUUGCAGCCCAACCCUGCCACAGCACUACCAGUCCCCUCGCUGCCGGUCCUUGGGGGGGUCACCUAUUCUGCCUCGCCGUACCCUCACCCUGCCAUCGAAGGCCCUGGAACUGGACAGGGAAGUCUGCCGUAGUUCAUUGAGUGGACUACCCAGAAGUCCUGCCUCUGACCACCUGUGUUUUCACACUGGGUACUCGUCCCACUCAGUAGCUCAAACCUCACCUCUUUGCUCUCGUGGCCCGACCCACAGCCAGCAGAGGCCCUGGGUUGGGGAAGAGAGCCCCAGGUUGUCCAGCAAAUUUCACCCCCCGUUACCUGCUGGGAGACCCACAGACAUCCAGCAUAGGAUCCCAGCUAGCAUAUUCCACACCAGCAACCAUUCCAGGACUAGCUAUCAAGCUAGUGGGAACCCCAAACACAUUGUUCAUAGUAGCUAUUGUUCUAACAUCACCAACACUAACCCUACACACAGUUUACAUUACAGCACUAGUGAUGAUGUAUCCAGCAAGACUCCCUACAAGCCGUCUCGCUGCGGUAGCCGAGCGAGUGACGCAGUCAGCCCUACCUAUGGCAGGAGAAGCAUCUCCCCAUCCUUAAAUUCUGAAGUGGCUUGUAAGUUAGCGGUGGAGGCGACCAAACUGUCCGGCAUUUUUGCUGAAAGGCAGAGUCCCUCUCCUGCAUCUUCUCAAGCUGAGUCACUGCGGUCAGAGAGUCCUAAGAUGGGAGUGUCAUUCCUGAGAGAAUCCCAACCUUAUGCCACUCUUCAUGAGCGAACCUCCCCUGAACCUCUGCAGGCCGACAACCAGAACCUCAUAUUUAAAACGGACAAAGCAACAGUUCAAUCCAGACCAGGAUGCGUCUCACCUUUCUUAUCCCAGAAAGGCCUGUCUUCACCUGCAUCUCCAGCCUUGCCGACUAGGUUGCACCGUCCAGCCACCUCUCAAUCCCCGGUCUUGGACCCACGGCAUCAACGGGGUUUGUCACCCUCUAAAGAUGCGUCUGCCCUACACCGCUACCAGCCGCCACAGUACACUGGAGACCACAAACCUCCUGGAAUGGAGCUUAAGCAGUAUGAUCACCUCUUUGACAGAUCACUCGAGGAAAGCCCUGAACUCUCCAGGAGACUUCUCUCCCACCAAAACACAGAAGUGUUCCUCGUGAGCUGGUCCUCCAGGCACCAGCAGGACGCCGGACCAGUCCAGGAUGGAGACGAACUCUUGGAAGACAACUACAGACAGUCGACCUCUAAAGUGUACGUGCCAAGCAGAGAGGAGUAUCAUAGGAAGGUCGGAGGAGACAAAGGAAUGAAGGCGUCAUUGCAGGAGUAUCAAACUGCAGUUAUAAGUGUGUCCAAGGACGUGAGGGAGGAGGUUCAGGAUCACAGCGGGGCUGCUGGGACGGCCUCUCAAAGCUCCAGUGGGGUUACGGGCAGCUUGGGAGACUCCCAGAUGGACAGAAACGACAGUCUGUCCCCCGAAACCUCGAGCCAGUCCAGCCACGACACGGCAGACACCGGCUCAGGGAUACAGUCGGACGGCGGCUCGGCGACGACUCCGUCCUCGCGGUCGCAGAACAUCGCCCGAGCCAAGUGGGAGUUCCUGUUUGGAGGCCCGGAGGAGAGUCGCUGCAUUGAAGACGCUCCGUCCACCACGCCUCCGGCCAGCGGUUCGCCGAGCCCCACUCCUCCCUCCUCCCUCCAUCUGAAACCAUCCAAUCAGAAGAGGGGGCGGGUCAGCGAGGGUCCAAGGCUGCCACAUCACGAGGUGAGGCAGAUCGAGGUGGAACUGGUGGCCCACGACCCCAGAGGCUCCACCCCCAGGACGGGCAUCAUCCGGCGGACCAUCCAAUACUCCGAGACGGAUCUGGACGCCGUGCCGCUGCGGUGCUACAGGGAGACCGACCUGGACGAGGUGAUGCGGGCGGAGGCUGAGGCGGCUGAGGAGGCGGACUCGGCCUUUGGGAGUAACCGCAGCGUCCUGGUAAACUCCAGCUUCGGCCCGCCCGACGCCUCCCCAAAACCCUGGACAGGUGGCGUCAAGGAGGAGGAAGAGGAGGAGGAGGAGGAGGAAGAAGAAGAAGAAGAAGAAGAAGAAGGUGUGGUGAGCUGGGCCAGUGUCCGGAUGCUGGGAGACCAACAGAGACAAAGAGCCACCAAGGAGGAGGACGAGGUGUUCAGUCUGCUGCUGAAAAGCUCGUUGACGGCAUCCGACUCGCACGGCGGCCUCAAGUCUCCGAUCUCCAUCGGCAGCCCCCGCCGACCCUCCGAGAGCAACCUGGACUCCUUCAGCCGCCACUUUGAAAGCAUCAUGGAGUCUCACCGGGCCAAAGGCACCUCGUACAGCAGCCUGGACAGCGUGGACCUCCUGACCUCUGGCUCCACGUCGGUGUUCACCUUCGACCUGCCCACCCUCACCCCCGAGAUCCAGAGUCAGAUCUGCCAGAGCGCCAAGCAGAUCAUCGAGCUGAGCUUCGCCCCGCUGGCCCGUCCGGACCCGUCCGCCCCCUCAGAGACGUCUCGCUCUGAAAUGGAGCUUGACACCGGUCCUCCAGUUCGAUCAAAGUCGGAGAAAGAGUCGUACCGUCGCUCCGUCCUCAAAGACGGCUUCCGAAAGGCGAGCUCGGCCCCCUCGCUCCACAGCAGCCCCAGGGAGCGUCCGGUGAACCGCCCCCCCGAGCUGCUGUACCCACAGACCGACGUGGCGGAGCGUCUGGCGCUCGCCGACGAGUCGCUGGUGAACGGCACAAAGGCCGACCUGCAGGCGGCCAAGCGGCUCGCCAAGCGGCUCUUCAGCCUGGACGGCUUCAGGAAGUCUGACGUGGCCCGACACCUCGGCAAGAACAAUGACUUCAGUCAGAUGGUGGCAGAAGAAUAUCUCAGUAACUUCAGCUUCAGUGGUCUGACCAUCGAUCAGGCGCUCAGGACGUUUCUGAGUCAGUUUGCUCUGAUGGGAGAAACUCAGGAGAGAGAGAGAGUCCUCGCUCAGUUCUCCAGGAGGUACAGACAGUGUAACCCCGAGAGAGUCCCCACUGAAGACAGCGUCCACACUCUGACGUGUGCCGUCAUGUUGCUGAACACGGACCUUCAUGGGAACAAUGUGGGGAAGAGGAUGUCCUGCAGUCAGUUCAUCACCAACCUGGAGGGUCUCAACGAUGGAAAAGACUUCCCCAAAGAUCUGCUGAAGACUCUCUACAGCUCCAUCAAGAAUGAGAAGCUUCAAUGGACCAUCGAUGAGGAGGAGUUGAGGAAGUCCAUGUCGGAGCUGGCUGAGGUCCGAACAGACUCCGCCUCCCACACCAUGAAGCGACUCGGGAGUGGAGGAAACCCGCUGGUGGGCGUCGCCCAGCAGGCUGACGGAGAGCUCUACAAGAGCGGCUUCCUGGUCCGCAAAGUCCACGCCGACCCCGAUGGGAAGAGAACUCCGCGUGGAAAGAGGGGGUGGAAGUCUUUCUACGCCCUGCUGAAGGGUCUGGUGCUCUACCUGCAGAAGGAUGAGUUCCGUGUGGAGCGCGAGCUGUCGGAGGAGGACGUGAAGAACGCCGUCUCCAUCCAUCACUCUCUGGCCAUGAGAGCAGCCGAUUACAGCAAGAGACCCAACGUCUUCUACCUGAGGACGGCUGACUGGAGGGUCUUCCUGCUGCAGGCUCCGAAUGCAGAACAGAUGCAGUCGUGGAUCACGCGCAUCAACGUGGUGGCGGCCAUGUUUUCUGCGCCCCCGUUCCCGGCGGCGAUCGGCUCCCAGAAGAGAUUCAGCCGACCUCUUCUUCCGGGAUCCAACACCAAGCUGUCCCAGGAAGAACAGGUCAAAUCUCAUGAGAACCGGUUCAGGGCGGUCUCCUCCGAGCUGGCUGACCUCACGGCCUCCACGCCGAACCAGAAGGUCAAAGGUCGCGAGCUGGAGGAGCAGAAACUCCGACAGGAGUACCUUGAGUUCGAGAAGACCCGGUACGGGACGUACGCCAUGCUGCUCCGGGCCAAGCUGUCCAGCGGAGACGAGGACCUGUCGGCCUUCGAGUCGCGGCUGUUUGACGACGGCGGUCUGCAGAGGGCGCACUCCAGCCCCACGCUGCCCCUGGAGGCCGCCCACAAGGAGAAGACCCGCGGGGCCGCGACCACCAAGAGCCUCAAGGUCACCUCGUCCUCCAAGACCACCUCGUCCUCCAAGACCGGCGGCAGCAAGGAGGGGAGCAAGAAGAAGACCGGCGGCGGAGGGAAAAGCCAGCAGCCGGAGCUGCAGAAACAGGAAGAGGCGGCGUAGAGGCGGCGAGAUCUGGGUUUCUACGAAGGUGGACAUGAUGCAUCAUGGGUAGCGGGCUGACAUCCUCCUUUAAACCUUUUGUGUUCAACAUCAGUCACGCUCUGAUUGGCUGAGGUGAGACGUUUGAGGUCGGUGGGAGAGCAGACGCUCGAGGACGAGUUGAAACACCAAUAAGGUUUUAUUUCUCAUCCAAACAUUGACGUUUCAGAGUAAGAGCGGGUCACAGACUUUUAUUUUGUUAAAUUAAAGGAGCUUGAGACUCCAACACUUCGUCGGUACUUUUGAUCUUUUUCCUCAGAAACUGACCUCAGGAGCAGGUUGCCAUGCCGACCAGAUACGGACAGGCACGUGGGACUGUUGCUGUGGUAACCGAGGGGAGGGGGGGGGGGCAGUGAGUCAUUACUCCCCCGGCCAAACAGACGUGUGUGUGUGUGUGUGUGUGUGUGUGUGUGUGUGUGUGUGUGUGUCUGAAGAUGAGUAUUGACUGCAAGCUGAGCAUCAAAUAUUAAUAAUGUUCAACCUUUAAUCAAUCUGCAGGCUGGAAUCCAUCCCAUAGUUAUUGAUGUAAUUUAAUGAUUAUUAUUGUUUUACAAAACCUUCAUAUUUAAACCUCUAUUGAUUAAAUGAUCAUUAUUACAGAUCAAUCAGUUUAAUUAAGUCAAACUGUAAUAAUCUAUAGUUCAUAAAUGGGCCCCGGAUCAAUGAAAACACUCAUCAUUAAAUAGAGAGAACAAAACAAAUCAAACUAAAUCCACCUUUUGGGUCUCUAACGAGAUCAGCGUCUCUCAGCCUGUAGACCUGUAGACCUGUAGACCUGUAGAUCUGUAGACCUGUAGACCUGUAGACCUGUAGAUCUGUAGACAUGUAGACCUG